AUGCCGAUCCCUGUUCAGUUUCGGGUUCUUGGUUUGUUCCUGAGCGGCAAGAAAUCCAUGGCUGGGAAUGAAUUGCCUGUCUCUUUAGCCUCCUUCCGCUCUCUACCAUCUUUGCAUGCCAAUGACUCUUCGCCGACAAAGGUUCACGGGUCGCAGAUGAUGAGAAUGAGGAGGGAGGUGUUGCCCCGUGCCCCUCAGGUCUCUGUCGUCACACAGACGAUCACUGCCAGUGGCGUCUCGACUUCGACUAGCACCAGCUUGCCCCAAACUAGCACUCCCGUUCCAAUUGGACCCAUGGUGGGGGGGAUUGUAGGUGGCAUGCUUAUUGUGCUGCUGGCCGUUGGGGGUUGGUGGUGGUGGGGAUCUCUAUUGAAUGACCCCAAAGCAAAUGGCGCUAAAGCUCGUCGGGCUCAGAGUCUGACCGCUGCCCGUACCAGACACAGCAAGACCGAGUCGACCGAGACCCUGAAGACGACUGGUGGUCGCUCCCAAACAACGCUCUCUGAGAAAACGCAAGAGAAGCAAUCAAAGAACAGUGCAGGGACCAAUGAAACAGUUCAACUCCCAUCUGCUAUUCUAGCCCAACAACAGAAGAACACACGCCCUCCGUUUAUGCACCAGGCAAACUCAAGCACGAGCCUUACUGGUUCCAAGUAUACGCCCUCGCGCCCCAGCCCUCUCGCUCUAAAUGUCGUAACUAGAGCCCUAUCCGUCGUAAGCGACAACCCGCCCACGGUGCUUGUUACUGCUCCCCCACAGUCCGAGGUCAAGGUCAUGUCGCCACAGUCGGCCGCACUCCAUAGCCUCUCACCGCUCCCUCCUCAAGUGCAUAUAGUUCCCCCAUCGCCGCCACCGCCGGCCCAUGUACUCCCCGUCCCAGGCACAGAGAAGAACCAAAGGCAAUCUGUGCAAUCCAUGCAAUCGGUCCAGAGCAUGGCAUCGGAGUAUUCUCUGGAUAGUCCGAUUGGGGUCGCAUAUGGUGGAGAUGAACUGGACGAGAGCCAUACAUCAACCCGAGAGAUGAAUGGAGGGCAUCGCGGGAGGAUGUUAUGGACCGAAUGCACGCGGCACACAAGGUCGCAGUCCAUUCGGUAA